AUGACUAAGCACGCGUCAUUGUGCAUAAACGCCAAGAACACCGCCAUUUCCAACGGUUCUCCACAAGCAACACACUGGAAACCUCAACCUUUCAAAGGAAUACAGGUACAGACUCUGCUUGCCUGUAUGCUCGACAGCGGCUGCCGCAUCCUUCACAGAGCUGCACAGAUGUUUCACAUUCGCUUUGCGAGCAUCCUCAGCGCAUCUUCAACGCUUUUCACAAUUCUUCUACCGGCUAGGCCGGCAAACGCUAGCAGUUUAUCCGGUUUUCGCAUACCUCAUGCCGCUGUUACACUACCUGUCGGUCAUUUUUGGCUACCCGUCAGUCUCUUGUGUCCCUUUUCCUUUGACCUUUACGCCCCGAUGGCAAAUUUUCGAAAAGAGAACUUAUGUAUACUUCUCGAUCAAGUGACGGAAAGAGUCAAAUAUUUUAUACGCCACGUUGCUUGCUUCUAA